AUGCCUUCAGUAACGUCACUGUCGCAGCAGUUGUUCCGCAACGUUGGACCGUUGACGACAACUUUCACCGCUCCAGCAUCAUGCGCCACCCAAAGUGCAGUAGCUCUGGCGCCUGUAGACCAGCCUGCCAUCGCAGCUUGGCUUGAUGGGUGCGGGAUUCGGAGUGUCGGAGAUUGUCUCCCCAAUGGUCAGACAGUAGACAACGUUUAUGCGUCAGACCUCGCAACCUAUAGCGCCAAUGACUUCCUUUAUUACUCUCCGGGAGUCAUUUGCCCUGCAUCCUGGACAACAGUGGGUGUCGCAGUCAAAGAUGACAAGGGUUCAGUCUCUGUCACUGGGAUAUAUGAACCAGCUGCCCAGGUUACCGCGACACCGGGUGCCACCUCCCUGGUAACUCCCGCACAAAACCCACCUCCCAACAUAUUUGUGGAGGGCCUCGAUCUUGGUGAAACUGCAAUAGCAUGUUGCCCUGAGUCGUUCGCCCCGGAUGGUUUUGGGGCUUGCUUUAGCAAUGUUCCAGUCACAAGAUACACUGCAACGACUGGAUGCCAGCGGAGUCCAUUUAGCGAUAUAUAUACCUUCGCGCCGGCCACAUUCAUCUGGAAUGGGACCACAGUUACUGCAACAGUGUUCACGGUCACAUCAGCUGAUGGAAAUGGAUUUUCCUCGAGCACCACGACUUUCCAGUCAAAGGAUCUCACCGCGUACACUGGCUUGUGGCAGUAUCCAAUGGUAACUCUUGUGCAUAAGAGUAACGACCCGACCCCCACUGCAGCUGGCACCUCGGCUACUACAAAGUCAAGCGCUGCCACUAGAUCGAACUACUUUAUCGGGAUUGGCCCUUUCUUUUAA